CUGUGGCUGCAGCCUGCUGAUCCCGUUUCCUCCUGCUCUGGUCCGGGUUAGGGAGUGGCUCUCCCAGGACCUCCAAUGUUUUCGUGCUCGGGCACUGGCGUUCACAUGGCUUCAGUGCAUUGUUUCCUUCCAGGCAGUCUCGCUUAGCGCUUCAGUUUAGACAUUUAUUUUGCAUUCUGUGGUCUUGGGCUGCGUGUGCUCUCCUGUUUCUGCGCUCUCUCCACGCCCUUCCCAGUUUCCUGUUAGCCAAAGGGAUCGCUCUUUCUGAACGAAAAGUUCUCAGAGCGGAGUGGAACCUCCCGGAAAAUGCUCUUCUCUUCCGUGUGCGCCGGAUGGAGGUGGGGGUGGGCCAGAAACUAAACACCGCGGUCGGGAGAGCUGAAAGGACCCGAACCCCAAGGCAGAGGCGGGAGAGGGCGGUGCUGUGUCCCCGCAGGAAUCGGAGAGGAUGGCCGGGGCCGGCGGCCAGCACCACCCUCCGGGCGCCGCGGGAGGAGCGGCCGCCGGGGCCGGCGCCGCGGUCGCCCCCGCCGGUGCCUCGGCGGGGCCCGGAGACGAUUCUUCCGACAGCGAAGCGGAGCAAGAGGGACCCCAGAAACUGAUCCGCAAAGUGUCCACCUCGGGGCAGAUCCGGACCAAGACCAGUAUUAAAGAGGGACAGCUAUUGAAGCAAACCAGUUCUUUCCAGAGGUGGAAAAAGCGUUACUUCAAACUUCGAGGCCGUACACUUUAUUAUGCAAAGGACUCAAAGUCUCUGAUAUUUGAUGAAGUCGACCUCUCAGAUGCCAGUGUAGCUGAAGCAAGCACCAAAAAUGCUAACAACAGUUUCACGAUAAUCACUCCCUUCAGAAGACUAAUGCUGUGCGCUGAGAACAGGAAGGAAAUGGAGGAUUGGAUGAGCUCACUGAAGUCUGUCCAGACCAGAGAGCCUUACGAGGUGGCCCAGUUUAACGUGGAACAUUUCUCAGGGAUGCAUAACUGGUACGCUUGCUCCCAUGCCCGACCCACUUUCUGUAACGUGUGCAGAGAGAGUCUUUCUGGAGUGACCUCCCACGGCCUGUCCUGCGAAGUGUGUAAAUUCAAGGCUCACAAAAGAUGUGCAGUGAGGGCAACAAAUAAUUGCAAAUGGACGACUCUGGCCUCCAUUGGGAAGGACAUCAUAGAGGACGAAGACGGAGUAGCUAUGCCUCACCAAUGGCUAGAGGGUAACUUGCCCGUGAGUGCCAAAUGUGCUGUCUGUGACAAAACAUGCGGGAGUGUUCUGCGUCUACAAGAUUGGAAAUGCCUUUGGUGUAAGACAAUGGUACACACUGCCUGCAAAGAUUUAUACCAUCCUGUGUGUCCCCUUGGCCAGUGUAAAGUGUCUGUCAUACCUCCAAUUGCACUGAACAGCACCGAUUCUGAUGGUUUCUGUAGAGCGACAUUUUCAUUCUGUGUUAGUCCUCUAUUGGUUUUUGUCAAUUCUAAGAGUGGAGAUAAUCAGGGAGUAAAGUUCCUUCGUCGAUUUAAACAGUUGCUAAAUCCGGCUCAGGUGUUUGAUUUAAUGAACGGAGGUCCUCAUUUAGGUUUAAGAUUAUUCCAGAAGUUUGACAACUUUCGAAUUCUUGUUUGUGGAGGAGAUGGAAGUGUAGGUUGGGUUUUGUCAGAAAUUGAUAAGCUCAACUUGAAUAAACAGUGUCAGCUGGGAGUAUUGCCCUUGGGUACAGGAAAUGACCUUGCCCGCGUUUUGGGCUGGGGAGGUUCAUACGAUGACGACACCCAACUUCCUCAGAUACUAGAGAAGCUGGAACGAGCCAGUACCAAAAUGCUAGACAGGUGGAGUAUAAUGACCUAUGAACUCAAGUUGCCUCCAAAAGCUUCUCUACUUCCAGAACCUCCAGAAGCAUCCGAAGAAUUUUAUAUGACAAUUUAUGAGGACUCAGUUGCAGCUCAUCUUACAAAAAUCCUCAAUUCUGAUGAACAUGCCGUGGUCAUAUCAUCUGCCAAGAUCCUAUGUGAAACUGUAAAGGACUUUGUUGCCAAAGUAGAGAAGGCAUACGAAAAAACGUUGGAAAAUGCUGUUGCAGCUGAUGCUGUGGCUAAUAAAUGUUCAGUCCUAAAUGAAAAGCUUGAACAACUGCUUCAAGCUUUACACACAGAUUCCCAGGCUGCCCCCGUUCUCCCAGGCAUCAGCUCUCUGAUUGUAGAAGAAGAUACCGUGGAAUCUUCCAGUGAAGAAUCUUUGUGUGAAAACAAAGAACAACUCACCGAUGACCCUGCAAAACCUUCCUCCCAGAAAGCUGUGAGACCAAACGAAAUAAUGUUGCGGGCAAACAGUUUAAAGAAAGCAGUGAGGCAAGUCAUUGAAGAAGCCGGCAAAGUUCUGGAUGAACAGAGUGUUCACCCUUGUGAACCAGUUAGCCAGUCAUUCGAUAACGAUAGCACAGAAACAGAUGAAUCUAAAGAAGAAUCUAAAGAUGAUGGUGCAAAAGAGCCUUCAACUGUUAAAACUGCACCUGCACCUCGGUCUCCAGAUGGCCGGGCAAGUCGUUCCCAAACUGACUCUGGCCCUGGUCCAGCUGUGGCAACCAGCAAAGAAAACCUGCCUGUGCUCAACACCAGAAUAAUCUGCCCAGGUUUAAGAGCAGGAUUAGCUGCCUCAAUUGCUGGGAGUUCUAUUAUCAACAAGAUGUUACUGGCAAAUAUUGAUCCUUUUGGUGCAACGCCAUUUAUUGACCCAGAUCCAGAUUCCGUAGAUGGAUAUUCAGAAAAAUGUGUCAUGAACAAUUACUUUGGGAUUGGAUUAGAUGCAAAAAUUUCAUUAGAAUUUAAUAAUAAGAGAGAAGAACACCCUGAAAAAUGCAGGAGCCGAACUAAAAAUUUGAUGUGGUAUGGAGUCCUCGGAACCCGGGAGUUAUUACAAAGGUCGUAUAAGAAUUUAGAACAGAGAGUUCAACUUGAGUGUGAUGGGCAGUAUAUCCCUCUCCCCAGUCUGCAAGGAAUAGCAGUGUUGAACAUUCCCAGCUAUGCCGGAGGCACCAACUUUUGGGGUGGAACUAAAGAAGAUGAUAUAUUUGCUGCACCAUCAUUUGAUGACAAGAUCCUGGAAGUCGUUGCAAUAUUUGAUAGCAUGCAAAUGGCAGUUUCCAGGGUCAUUAAACUGCAGCAUCAUCGAAUAGCCCAGUGCCGUACAGUAAAAAUCACUAUAUUUGGUGAUGAGGGAGUCCCAGUGCAGGUAGAUGGCGAAGCAUGGGUUCAGCCUCCAGGGAUUAUCAAAAUUGUGCACAAAAACAGAGCUCAGAUGCUAACAAGGGACAGGGCUUUUGAAAGCACUCUAAAAUCUUGGGAAGAUAAACAGAAGUGUGAUUCCGGUAAACCAGUUCUUCGAACCCAUUUGUACAUCCAGCAUGCCGUUGACUUGGCAACAGAGGAGGUAUCCCAGAUGCAGCUAUGCUCCCAGGCGGCAGAGGAGCUCAUCACUAGGAUCUGUGACGCAGCCACCAUCCAUUGUCUUUUGGAACAAGAACUGGCCCACGCUGUGAAUGCGUGUUCCCACGCACUGAAUAAAGCCAACCCGCGGUUCCCAGAGAGUCUUACGAGAGACACUGCCACUGAAAUAGCCAUCAAUGUGAAGGCACUGUAUAAUGAAACAGAAUCUUUACUAGUUGGCAGGGUUCCUUUGCACUUAGAAUCCCCACAUGAAGAGCGGGUAUCUAAUGCCUUACAUUCUGUGGAGGUGGAGUUGCAGAAGUUAACAGAGAUUCCUUGGCUUUAUUAUAUCUUACAUCCAAACGAAGAUGAGGAACCCCCCAUGGAUUGCACCAAGAGAAACAGCAGAAGCACAGUAUUUCGUAUAGUGCCAAAAUUUAAAAAGGAAAAGGUUCAGAAACAGAAGACAGGUUCACAGCCUGUUCAAAAAUGGGGCACAGAGGAAGUUGCUGCUUGGCUGGAUCUGCUCAGUUUGGGAGAGUACAAAGAAAUCUUCAUCCGUCAUGACAUCAGAGGGGCUGAACUUUUGCAUCUGGAAAGGCGAGAUCUUAAGGACCUGGGGAUAACGAAAGUGGGCCAUAUGAAGCGAAUUCUCCAGGGAAUUAAAGAGCUUGGAAGGAGCACUCCCCAGUCUGAGGUGUAAUCACAUUGGUGCUAUUCCUUGGAAGGGAAGUAAUUGCUACUUAAUACAAAGCUCUUGGAAGCAGUUGUCUGUUUCUGUAGUCUUCUGCCUAGAAAAGUAAGCACCACUGAGCACCUCUGUGGCUUGAUGUUUUGCUGUGGGUGAAAAUUUUGAUUUGAGGUAUUAGAAAAUAUUUUCGUGCCAAAAAAUUCCAUUCCACAAAGCCAUUUCCUUAUUGUGCAAACUUGACAUGUUAAAAUAUGCUCAUAUAAGUAAGAAGGUAGGAGGAAUCUGAGACAAUUGCAUUGUCUAAAAGAUGGAAAUGUUUACUUUCUUUAUACCUGGUCAGAUGGAAUGUUCUUACUCUGUGACUGCAUAACAAUAUGUGGCUAAAACUCUUAGGUUUCACUAUUGGAGGCAUUGGCUUCUUCCUUAAAAUAGUUGGUUAGGAGAUUAAGAUGUAAAUUAAGCUGUGUUUUGAAUGUUAGAUGGGUAUCGCCUCACUUUGCUAGCAUUCAGUGGUCAUAGAAUAUGGUUAAAACCCCUCAAAUAUUAUGAAUGAAUGCAAAUCUUAAUGCACGACAUUCCUGCCUGAAUUGUCUUUCUUUUUCUUGCAUGUCACAUGUAAUAUCUUAAAACUUGGCUUCCAUGUCAGUUUUAAUGUAAUUUAAUUUAUUACUGCCUAAGUACCUUUUUGUUGGUUAAAGGCACUUUUCUGUUCUUUGAUGUGGGAUUUUGGAUAAAUAUUCUGUAUCUGAGAAUUUGUGAACACGUGUCUGUGCCAUAAUCAACAAAUGAUACACAUUUUAUGCAAGCCAAUUUUAUGUCACUCUAUUAUCAACACUAGGUAUGCACAGUAGGAAAAUUUUCUGGAUAUUUUCAUAAAAGUAUGUGUUCUAUUGCCGAACAAAACUUGUUAUAGCUUCCCAAACCAAAAUUCCCACAUUUUGUUCUUAUCUUUGGUUUUAAUUUAGUGUUUAUUCAAUACUCUGUUUGUAUUUAUAAUACAGUGGGCUGUUGACAUCCAGUUUUCUGAAGGUCUCACCUGGGAUUUGUAUACUGAUCGUAUGCCAAUUGGUCACCCAGACUUAUCCACUAGCUAGAGUGACUACUGACACAACUUCCCAACAAGAGAUUUACAUUUUUUCUUAAGGGCUUUUAUCUCAUCUCAUUCUUAUACCAUUAUUACUAUUAUCUCACCUAAUUCUUAUAUCAGGCAGGUAUUAUUUUCUUGUUUCUAAACCACUCUACUUCAGUGUAGCUCAGUAGGAGUCAACAUUACAAUUAUCAAAUCUUUGAAAGCCAAAGGCAUACGUGUUAAAAAGUCACCAAAAUAUCCUCAGACCAUCUUUCUUUAGGCGUUAUGUACCAAAAAUUAAUUGUAAUAUUUCAAAACCUCCUAUAUAAGAGAAGUAAACAGGGUAUUGACCCAGUGGUAACAAUUUUCAUGAAGUAGCCUUCUAAGCAGGUGCUCUGUAGAUACAAAUACACACACAUACACAUAUACACAUAUAUGGGUCUAUACACAUAUACCGUGUUUGUAUAUUCAUGCUUAACACACAUAAUCUUGAAAUGUACUCUCACUGAUAUUUUCUAGACCAUUAUUUGCCAAAUGCUUAAUGAGAAAUAUUAACGGGAAAGCACUUAAAAUGAACUAUUGUCAGACAUAAUUUAAUUGUAUCAAAGAAGUUUAAACAUUUGACACUUUAUUCUUAUUUAUACAUUGCAUAUUUACUAGUAAAAUCACAAAAUUAAGACAUCUUAAAAAUAAAUGAGCCUGAUGGGUUCCUGACCAAAUAUGUCUGACUAUAUAUUCUACCUGUCUCAGUUGUGAAUAAAUAGAAAAUUUUCAAAGGAAAUUAUAUCAAGUAGCAUGAAAGAGUAAAAAGCCACUCACUUAGUAAGUGUAUUGUUACCCUCAGCUAUGAAAUCAAAGGGCUUCUCUUCCAGUCCCUUGAUAAUCCGCACCCCCCUGUCCCCUGCAAGUUGUCCUGCUCUCUUCCAGGCACUUCCCUGUGAAAUUAAAAUACAGAUGGCAGAGUCUCAGAAUUCUGCUGAGGUCACAGAUACCUGUCCAGCUCUACCAAAAAGAGAAAUGUAGGUGCAGAGAGGCAUGGGACUCACCAAUGAAUUUUGGGUUGAUUUUCACUCACCCAAAAUACCCCUUUGCCAACAGAAGAGACUUAAGCUAUUACAUGUUCAGAAUUUGAGAGUAAGAUAAAAAUGAUUAAUAUUUUUUUGGCUGAUGUUGAUCUUUUUACUCUUAAGUAGUAACUCUUUAUGUUGUAAAACCUCAGUUACUAGACUCUUAACUAGAGUCUUCCUGCAGAUGGCUUUUGGAUGAGGAAAAUCCUUUAAAAUGACAAUUUCAGUAUCUUUUUUUUUUUUUUUUUUUUUUUUUGUCGUUAAAUUAGAGCAGUCUUUCCUGUGUGCUUUGUCUAUGCAUGGCUGUGUAGGACCCACAUGACUUUGCCCACACCUGUUUGCCAAGAUGGUAUCCUCAGAGCCUCCUUAGGCCCCUGUCAGCCUCACAGAGGAGCCAGCUUCUUACAGUAGAUGGAGCUAUAAAUAGAAAGUAGAAAGAGCUUCUCUCUGGGAGGUGAUCCCAGCUCAGGGGAGUGCAGUUGUGGCCUCUGUACCCUGAUCCAUUCAGAAGCUGAGGUGAGAAGCUUAAGCCUACUCUGGACUGUCAGCUGUAACUGUACUGUUCCUCCCCGCUAUGCUCUCCCACACCUGGAUAAUUUGGGAGAGGUGAAGGGGAAUCACAGCCAGCAUCCAUUUCCUUCAAGUCUUAUUUCCGUGAGGAAGAACUUGCCUUUUUUUUUUUUUUUCAAGAUUUUAUUUUUAAGUAAUCUCCCUACGCAACAUGGGCCUUGACUCACAACCCCGAGACCGAGUCACAUGCUACAGUGACUGAGCCAGCCAGGCAUUCCAAAACUUGCUUUUCAAGAAGGGAAGGGACAGGGUCAGGCCUAAGUAAAAUUUCAAAGGACUCAAUUCUUCCCUUCAGCGUUAUUCCACCUCCCUUUCUGAGUUUCCUUGCCAGCUUUUGGCCUCCCAUUUCCCACAUGCCCAAUGCAGUGAUGGUUGCUCAGAUGCUCACUACUCUUUGGUACCCUUUCUUCAUCAACUUCCAUACUACAGAAUGACUGCUUUCACCUCUCCCCGCUUGAGUGCCUGUUGCGGAUCCUCUGAACAAAGUGCUAGGAAGAAAACAAUUUAAAGAAAACGAAUUUUACAGUUCAUAGUUUAAAAAAGGAAACUUGCUGAUCUAAAUGAACGGACGGGUUAGAUGAUUUUGGGACCGUGAUAUAGAUUGCUCUGGCUGAGAAGAGAUGACCUGUGAAUGUCGAGACCCUUGCUGUCCAGUAUUAUAGGCACUAGCCACAUGUGGCUGUUUAAAUUUACAUUAAUUUAAUUAGAAAGUUAAUUUCUCCAUUGCACCAGCCACGUUUCAAGUGCGCAGUAACUACAAUAGACAGUGCAGGUGUUAAACAUUUCCAUCAUUGCAAAAAUCGUACUGGCCAACACUGGUCUAGAUCAUUGCUACUCAAACAUGGUCCCUGGGCCAGCAGCAUCCAUGCCACCUGGGAGCUUAUAGAAAUGCAGAAUUUCAGGUCCCCCCAGACCUACUGAAUUUCAAUCUUCUUUGUAAACAAGAUUUGGUGGUGGUUAGCACUGGCCUAGCCACAUUUUAUCGCUCCCAGGUAUUAGGGAUCCGAAUGCUUCAAAAAGCCCUCGAAUAGCUCACUCCCCAACCCACUACUUCCUAGAAAUCCCAGAAAGGAGCUUUAGCUCAUUCAUCCCCUUUGCUAAGUUUUCUUCUGAAUGCUUAUUCCUAAUUCUGGUUCUAGAUAAACUCUACCUACCCAGGAGUUGUAUUUGGGUAGCUAAGAUAGAAAGGACAUGGGCUGGCGGGCGUAACUGGCCUCUCUCCAGCUCCCUACCUCAUGUUGAAGUCACUAACAAUAUACAUUUGCUCAGUUUCUUGCUAAUGUCACAUUCUCAUUUGUUCACAACUUAAGUCACAGGGAACAUUUCAGAAGAAUAUGUAAGGAGAUAAGUAAAGACCAGGUCAGUCUCCUACAGCUUGUACAUUUCACUUUCUCUUAUCAGCAGAUUAUCCUGUUGACGUAGUUCAUGUUUGAGGAUACAAAGAGCACACACACAUUAAAUGAGCCAGUAAGCAUGGAAAAAAAAAAAAAAGAGCCAAAAUGAUUCCAAGUAAAGUGAAUGUGUCAUUAAAGCUCUCGGGAAGGCGUGUUUUGCUGGACUUUUUUUUUUUUUUAAUGCUAAUUUAUCUUGAUUUUCAGACAGUUAAUAAUUCCUUAAAAUAGUACCUGAGAUAUAUUUUGAUCCUCAAAAUACAAAUUAUUUUAUUCUGUAGUAAGAUCUUUCCCAAUGAUAUAUUGUCAGUAAUCCUGCACUUAAUAAUUUUUACAUAUUGAUAUCAUUUACCAAAACAUUACUGGCUACAGAUUCUUUAGCUAAUUUUAAUGGAUAAAGAGGGCACCACUUGAGUCUUGAUAGAAGUUAUUUUUAACAGGCAUCAAGAAAGAAAAUAUUCAUGCAAAGCUAUGACUUAGAAAAUUACAGUGGAAACUUAUAUAUACAUCAUUUCUAAAGUACAUUAUCUGUUAUUUCUGACUGAACUGACAACACAGUGGACUCUCAUGUUCUACACAUGUGUAUCCUACAAGGAUAUAGUUUUUCACUAAAGUUCCUUAAAUGUUACAUCUCUCAACCUUCACAUUUAGGAUCUCUCCUGCCCUCUUCCUGCCAAACGAACUCAUCCUGCAUUUUUCAGAUGCAAGUUGGGUAAAACCAUGGGUUCAGAGUUUGAUAAUAAUACAAGUGGCAGUUUUAAAACACCAAGCUUUUAAAGUCAGUUGGAAAGAGUGAAAAGUGAAGAUUCCUCAAAUACUAACUAUUGGUCAAUGGAAUAACCUCUCUGGGCAGUUCCCACAGCACUCGGUAGCCUCACCUCUCCCCCUCUGGCUUCCCCUUGCCGAGGGCCAUGGGGCCUGGGACCCGUCUCUGCUAUGGCAUCUCCCAGGUGACUUUUGUGUAGCAAUCUCCGUGUCAGAUGGGUAACACAAUGCCUUUGCAAUCGGAUGCCUUCUUAAAGAAAUAUGCAAAACUUUAAAAAGGCAAAGAUUAUUGGUUUUUAUAAUACCCAAAGGAUUCUUUACCUUUGUUAUUGUUCCUCUUUGUUAUUGUCUUCAGAUUUUGUUUUCAGAUAUUUCUGUUAGAAGAAAAAACUGUAAAUGUUUAUCAUUACAGAGAACAGAGAGAUAAAAGACAGCUGGACUGUACCUAUUUCUAUACUUCUUUCUGUUAUUUUCGGGAAAAUAACUUUAACAGUAACUGAGACUUCGUUAAACUCAGUAACAAUGUUUAAGAUAAAGACCCAUAUUACUACUGUAGAUGGACAGAUUGAUUCCCCUUAUGUAACUAAGAUAUUCUAUUUACAUAUAUUUAUAUCUUCUCUCUUAAUUUCUUAUGCAUAUCCAAGUUUAAGUUGGAAAAAUAGAAACCAAGCCACUACUUAAAAGCUAUAAAAACUCCACCUAAAAUAUUUCAUUUUAGCUACAAGUUAUUCAUUGUAUAGGAAUUUAUAAAUAGCCUGGGUGUUUCAUAGGAACUGCAUUUCAAGGGUAAAUUAACCGUACCUAAAAGAACAUAGGGAUACUUUUAAAAUGCAUUAAGAUAAGUUUCAUAUUCCAUUGAUGAUGCUAUUGAAGUAGGAUAAUGCAGUUAGAUAAACAAGCUAAAAAGAAAAAAUAUAUUUUGUGGUCCUUACUGUUUGCACUAUUGUUUACCACAGGUUAGCCAUAUCUAUUUGUAUAUUCUAAGUAUUAAGCUGAUAUGUAGCUAAAGAUUUCUUACAGUUCUGGUAACUGGUAACUAGUGCUGUGAAAGGUUUUGGUAUUGUAACAUUCCCAGUUUUGUGAGUUAUAUAUUGUAUAUUGAAGAUGAUUAAUAAAUUGGAGUAAUAUAUUUAUCUAGA